AUGAACCGCCUGCACAAAGUCUACGCAGACCACUCCACUGACGACAACAAAGCUGCUUUCUACCGCGGUCACAGCCACCUUCAGAAACGACUGCGCGAGAUGCAGAACGCCAGGACUGCUCGAAAGGAAUGGAAGAACUUCUUCUCUGCGAUCAAAGCUGUCUACGGUCCGCCGACGAAGGACACUGCCCCUCUCCUCAGCGCUAACGGUAUUACCCUCUUGAGCGAGAAGACGCUAAUUCUACAGCGAUGGACCGAGCAUUUCCGAGGUGUCCUCAACCGACCCUCCGCCAUGUCCGACGCCGCCAUCGCCCGCUUGCCGCAAAUGGAGAUCAAUGUUGACAUCGACCUCCUACCAUCUCUUCAGGAAACCAUCAGGGCCGCGCAGCAGCUCUCCAGCGGGAAAGCACCCGGAUCGGACGCAAUCCCUGCUGAGGUUUACAAACACGGAGGUCCCCUACUGAUGAAUCACCUAACUGCGCUCUUCCAGGAGAUGUGGCGUCAAGGUGAAGUCCCGCAAGAUUUUAAGGACGCAACAAGCGUGGAUCUCUACAAGCGAAAAGGGAACCGCCAAGUCUGUGACAAUCACCGAGGCAUCUCCUUGCUGAACAUCGCCGGGAAGAUCUUCGUUCGCAUCCUCCUCAAUCGCCUGAACAACCAUCUUAAACAUGGUCUUCUGCCAGAAAGCCAAUGCGGUUUCCGUCAUCAUCGCGGGACCACGGAUAUGAUCUUCGCCGCCCGUCAACUUCAGGAGAAGUGCCAGGAGAUGCGGACCCACCUGUACUCUACCUUCAUGGACCUGACGAAAGCCUUCGACACGGUGAAUCAUGAAGGACUGCGGGAGAUCAUGUAGAAAUUCGGCUGUCCGGAGCGAUUCAUCCAGAUGGUGCGACAGCUGCACGACGGUAUUAUGGCGCGAGUCACGGACAACGGAGCUAUUUUAGAGGCAUUCGCAGUGACCAACGGAGUGAAGCAGGGAUGCGUGCUGGCACCAACCCUCUUCAGUCUUAUGUUCUCUGCCAUGCUGAUAAACGUCUACUGUGCUGAACGCCCCGGGGUCCGCGUAGCCUACAGGACGGACGGUCACCGCCUGAAUCAACGACGGAUGCACUACCAAUCACGCGUAUCCACAACCACCGUUCACGAACUUCUCUUCGCCGACGACUACCCCCUGAACAACACCUCGGAAUAGGAGAUGUAAUGUAGCAUGGACCUCUUCUCUGCCGCCGGCGAGAACUUCGGUCUGGUCAUCAACACGCAGAAGCCGGCGGUCAUGCAUCAACCGUAAACCAACACAGCCACUCCCCCCAACGGGCUGCAAAUCGGUGUGAACAGCACCCAAAUGCAAGUGGUGGAGAGCCUCCCGUACAUGGGUAGCAUCCUCUCGCGUACCACCAAAAUUGAUGACGAAAUCGUCCACACGAUUUCGAAAGCCAGUCAAGCAUUCUGUCGCCUCCAAAGUACAGUUUCGAAUGGUCAUGGUCUCCAACUGAGCAAAAGCUGAAGAUGUACAAGGACGCUAUCCUGCCGACGCUGCUGUACGGAGAGGACCCUUGGACAGUGUACACAAAGCAGGCCCGCCGACUGAACCACUUCAACUCAAUUGUCUCCGUCACAUCCUAAGGCUGAGCUUGCAGGACCUAACUGAUGUUCUGGAACGAACAGGAAUCCUCAGCAUCUACAUCAUGCUGAGACAAAUGCAGCUGCGAUGGAGCGGCCACCUGGUGCGUAUGGACGACGAGCGACCGCCCAAACGACUCUUCUACGGAGACGUCGCAACGGUCUCUCGUCGCCAAAAAGACCAAAUUCACCAACACAAGCAUACUCUGAGGUCCUCCCUGAAGCGUCUGCAAAUAAACCCGUCCAACUAAGAAGAACUCACCCGCUAUCGACCAACCUGGAGGACGACAGUGAAAACAGGCGCUGCGAUCUACGAAGAUAAUCGCAUCGCCGCCGGCAAAGCGAAACGCGAAGCACGCAAAUCACAGAUGCGCCCACUUCGCAACGACAAUGCACAACCGCUUCCAACGUGUCCUCGAUGUCAACGGACAUUCCGGGCUCGAAUCGGACUUGUUGGACAUCUUCGGAUCAACUGUAUCUCUAGGACCGCACCAACCGCCGUCCCCCGCCCGCCUCUUCCUCGUCCUCUCCGCCGCCCCCUAACUCUGACAAUUCUUCUGAACCACCACUUCCAUCCUCCUUCUCCUCCUCCUCUUCCUACACUGCCCUAACGACAAACGCUCAGCGAACGUCCUGCACAUCACCAACCCUGACACAAAAACCGACACCACUCCCACUUCCUCCGAUUCCAGCGAUGAGGAUCAGGACUACACCUGCCCACACUGUUCACGCACAUUCACCUCUCGCAUCGGCCUCGUCGGUCACUUGCGGAUCCGUCGCACAGAGACUGGCGAACCAAUGCCUGGAGCACCAACCUAUAUCCACCACACUCGACUCAACUGCCCACAUUGUCCUCGCACCUUCACGCAUCGCAUGGGUCUUUUCGGGCACACUCGAGUCCACGAGAGCGGAAUUGACCGCAAUUCCGACACACCCACCAUAUCCAACACAUCCGCCAUGCCCAGCCCCACACUCGCUUCAUCGCCCUGAGCGCCCAUUACCACAACCACGACCACAACCACAACCACCACCACCAUCACCACCACCACCACCAUCACCACAAACACCACCACCGCCUCCUCUGUAG